AUGGCCAUCUACCAGCUCUCGUUGGCCGCCGUUAACCAGUCCCAGGUCGCCCGCUUCCCGGGGGCAUCCAAGGCGCUCCUCAGCGUCGCGUCCAGCGCCGCCGAGCCCACGCCCAUCCGCAGGCUGGCCCUCAUGGUGAUCUGCAACGUGGGCGGCUGCUCGGAGGGCCGCGCCUCUCUGAUGGACGCGGGCGCCGUCGCGGCCGUGUCCGGCAUCCUCCUCUUCUCCCACGACGUCGUCGAGCUGGAGGAGUGGUGCGUGGCGGCGAUCUAUGCGUUGAGCCGCGGCAGCCUCUGGUUCUGCGGCCUGGCGCGCGCGGCCGGCGCGGACAAGGCCCUUCGCCGCGUGGCCGAGGAGGGGACCCCCGGCGGCGUCCGCCGCGAGAUGGCGAGGAAGACGCUGCGCGCCAUGCGGGGCGAUCUGGACGAGGAUGCAGACCUGACCGGCAGCAACCUGGAGUGCGACGAUGGGGACGACUGCGGGAGGAGCAUCGUGUUGGACGGGUUCAUGUCGCGGUUUAAUUACCUAAAAGACAGGUCAACACACGUCAUCUGUGGUGUGUGCGCGGAAAACCGGGUCCGUCCUCUCGAGCGGAACCGCUCCCGCUAG